UUGGCUGUUUUGCCAGCGCCAAGAGUGGGUUUCGCCCAAAUGCCAUUAAGUUUUUGGGCUUCGCCCGUUUGCCAGCGCCAACCAUCGCUCUCCCGCUGAAAUGCCCUGAGGUCCGAAUUCACUGUUGAGGCCAUAUUUCUUACCCGUUUUACCCUUCUCCCUUUCCUCUUCAACUUUCACGGUCACGGACAGAGAACGGCGUUGACGCAAAAAUAUCCUCGCUCCCGUCCUCGAGCUGGCCCUUCCGUCCUUGGUUCCCGCCGCCGCCGGAGAUCUCCCGCCAGACGCCGCCGCCGCCCGCAGAGCCCGUCAGUCCGCGCUAAGGGGUGAGAUGCAGUGACUCUACUUGCUAUGGAUUGCAAUCGGAAUGAUCUAGUGACAGGGCUCGAUCUGGAGCCUGAGCUUAGUUUAGUGGCUGUAGAUGCUGGCAUACCAGAACAGCAGAGCCAUCUCGUUAACUGGGAUGAACUACAGAUUGAGGAAAGGCUAGAUGAUGAAGGGGAAGGAAGGAUAGAAGUUUUCGAUGAGGAUCAGGUGUAUCGUCUUCUGGGUCUUAGAACCGAUGACGAUCCUGAGCAAAGUGCUGCUGAUGCUACUUCAAAUGCUGAUGAUGCUACUGCAAACAAUGGUGGUACAGUCCCUGAUGUCGAUGCUAGAGGUGCAGGUAUCCCUGAUGUUGAUACUGGAGGUGCAGCUAUCCCUGAUAUUGAUACUAGAGGUGCAGCCAUCCCUGUUGAUGAUGCCAUACCAGAGGAGAGGGUGCUGGUAUACGACCCAAACAAACCAUGCAUGGAUCUUGGCACUGUGUUCCCCAGCAUGGUCGAUUUUAGAUUGGCUGUGAGGCAGUUCGCUAUCAAUAAACAGUUUGGACUACAUACUGCGAAAACUGACAAAGAGAGGUUUAUUGGGACGUGCCUGGGAGAAGUUUGCCCAUGGCGUAUUAAUGCUCGUAAACUGCCUAAUUCAAAAACUGUUAUGAUUACAGCUUUGACUGACGAACAUAACUGCACUUCCAGUGCGAGGAGAUUGACUACUACACCCACUGCUGCCUGGGUUGCUACAAGGGGGAUGAAGCAUCUUAGGAGGGACCCAAGUAUGGGCGCAACUAAACUACGGGAAGUGCUGGAAGAUGAACACAAAUGCACAAUUGGAUAUGACACCGUGGCAGAUGGGAGGAAUAUUGCACUGAAGAAACUGCAUGGCGCUUGGGAGGAUAGCUUCCAAUUGCUGUACAAUUGGAGGGAAGAGGUUCUGAAGCACUCACCAAACAGUGUCAUUGAGAUCGACACCCUGGAGGUUGAUGGCAAGGUAUACUUUUACAGGUUCUUUUGUGCUUUGAGUCCUUGUAUUGAGGGUUUUUUAGAGGGCUGCAGACCUUACCUUAGUAUAGACUCCACUGCAUUGAAUGGUAGGUGGAAUGGACAUUUAGCAUCAGCCACUGCUUUAGAUGGAAAUAAUUGGAUGUACCCUGUUGCAUUUGGCUUCAUAGAUGGUGAGACAAGUGAUAAUUGGGAAUGGUUCAUGACUCAGUUGAAUAAGGCCAUAGGAGACCUUCCUCAGCUUGCAAUAUGCACUGAUGCAUGCAAAGGCCUAGAGACAGCUGUAAAGCAAGUGUUUCCUCAUGCUGAACAUAGAGAGUGUUUUAGGCAUCUUAUGAAGAAUUUCUUUAAGAAGUUUGGGGGUGAUUCUUUUUCUAAGAUAUGCCAGUGA